UGGAGAAUUGAACCCAAACCUAGAGCACGCUAGAUAAUAACUCGGUUUGUUGCCAUGCCAACAAAACGCUUAAAAAACAAAGCGCGAGGAAAUUUCGCGUUUUUUUCUUUUUACUUAUUUAAGAGAAUCAGUCUGGUCUGUUUUUGUCUCCUUUUUUUUUAUUGUGGGAUUGAAACUUUGAGCCAGAAGCAUGUUUUACAGGUUUUUGAGCAGUACCAGAAAGAAAGGAAGAAGUUUGGGCAAACAGUUGCAGAGCUUGCAACAAGACCUCAAAAUAUUGAAACACUUCAAAAUGCAGAUGUGAUGUUAAUCCUGAGGCCUCUCCUUCUUGAUGUCUUCCCAACUGCCCUGCAGCCGGCUGCUCUGGUUCUCGGAAAACUCGCCAGCUACAACAAUGACCUGGCCGAGGCAGUGUUGAGGGGAGAAAUCCUGCAUCAGCUCAUCUACUUUCUGGCCAAGAAGAAACGCUUCUAUAAGAAGGCGGUGGCAUUUGUUCUCUGUACCGUGGCGAAGCACUCACCCGAGCUCACACAAGCUGUGGUAGACUGUGGUGGUCUCGAAGCUCUUGUAAUCUCCCUGGAGGUGUUCCAUCCGAAAGUGAAAGACGCUGCUGCAUGGGCGCUGGGCAACAUCACUUGCCACAACGGCUCCUUGGCUCAGGCGGUGGUGGACGCAGGCGCGGUUCCUCUGCUUGUUCUCUGUAUGCAGGAGCCUGAGAUUGCCCUGAAGAGGAUCUUCGCUUCAACACUGAGCGACAUCUCCAGACACUCUCCAGAGCUCGCGCAAACUGUCGUGGACACUGGAGCCAUUGCUCACCUGGCACAGAUGAGCCUGCACCCAGACGCCAAACUGAAGUGUCAGAUCUCCAAGCACUCUGUGGACCUGGCAGAGAUGGUGGUUGAGGCAGAGAUCUUCCCUGCUGUACUGGCCUGCCUUAAAGUCCCAGAUGAGUGUGUGAAGCAGAACGACAGCACGCUGAAACGAGAGAUCACAAAACACACCCCUGAGUUAUCCCAAACGAUCGUGAAGGCUGGAGGUGUAGCAGCUGUGAAUAAUUUUCUGUGGGACUCUAGAAGAAACAAGCAAUUGCCUGGUAUCAUGAUGCUCGGCUACAUGGCUGCACAAUUAGCGAACCUCGCCAUGGCUGUUAUUGUAUCUAAGGCUGCAACAGCCUGGACACUAGGACAGAUCAACCAUCACACACCAAAGCAUGCAAGAGCUCUGGCCAUGUCUGAUGUGCUUCCCAAACUACUAUGUCAACGCCUGCAAGUCAAGGUGAAGAAGGCUUUAAAGAGCGUUCUUCAGAAGUGCACUUACCUUCCGGCACUGGAACCACUGCUCUAUGAAGCUGCCAAGAAUGUUCUCAAACACAUCAUGUGCCAGUUCAGCAAGGUUCUUUCACAUGACAGUAAAGCUCGGAGGUUGUUUGUAACUAGCGGAGGACUGAAGAAGGUGCAGGAAAUAAAAGCUGAGCCCGGCUCUGCUCUGCUGGUGUACAUCAAUGCCAUUAACGCCUGCUUCCCUAAAAAGAUGUUUAACUGUUCUGAACAUCCGUGCCUCGCUGUGUUACUUUCGGCCGUGGUGCUGGGUUGGCGCAUUAGGAGCCGCCGCGCCUUGAGGGGGAAGUGCUGUCAUGGAUGGAUUAGACUGUUCCCUGUUCCGGCAGGCUUUGAUUUGUCUUGUGUUUCUAUGGUUGUCUUCCUUAUAUAUACCUGUUGUCUUAUGUCUGUUUUUUUAUGUCCAAAACAAGUCCUUGUUUGUGUUUCUGUUUUUCUGGGUUUUCAUGUUUUCUUAUUUUAGAUGCCUAGUCUUCUUCCCCAGUGUUUUUUCAAUGUGUUUGUAGUUGAUGUUUUGUCUAAUAAAACCUAUUUUUAUUUAA